AUGGAGACAGCAAAUUUGCAAUCAUUGACGAGCGUUGCAUGGCAGCCAAUCGCAUGUUAUGCUACGAUCGCUCUUUUCGCGUUAUGGUACGGACACAGGUGGCUCCAGAAUCUAGAAGACCUUUCGCACCACAAAAAAUUGACCAGUAAAAUGAAUGGGCCUAAAGUCUGGCCGAUCGUUGGAAAUGCGCUUGAGUUAAUUGGGUCGGCUGAAAGUGAGAAGUAUACUGACUACCUAGUAGACAUAAGUAUCACUUCCAAAAAGUAAUCGCUAAUGUAAUUAACAGAUAGAAUGUAGUAAGAUGUGCCAAUAGUAAAAUGCGAUAUAGUAAGAACGGAAUUUAAACACCAGCCAUUUAAAUAAUAAAUUUGUAGUAAAUCUUUAGUAUAAUUAUAUUAGUACACACACCCUAAAUGGAUGAGUGUGAGAAAAAUAUUAUAUACACUUUUAUAUUUUUCUUACAUUUUUCUCGUGGAUUUAAAUUAGAUUUGAAAAUUUUGAUUGGUUGUAUUUAACUUAAGAAUAGUUUAAUAAUUAGGCGCAACCAUGUGAAGUUAUAUAGAUAAAUAUUAUAAGGCGGUAAUUUGUUACAAAAAAACGUUUAGCUUUCUUAAUGAUCGGAGAUGUAUAUACAGUUUUCUAGGUGAAUGAAAACACACCCUAUGGUAAUUAAUUAAAAAUAAAAGUUUUAAGAAUUGAGAGAAUAAAGCGACACUCAUGUAUAAAUUUGACUGAUAAAUACGUAUCAGGGGCAAACGCCAAAUUUGGUUUUGAAUUACCCAGUUGAUCUAGGACGUCUGUAAUUUAUACCUUGAUAUUAUUAAUUCAAAAAAAAGAUUUAAUAGUGUGAUUGAAUAGUAUCAUAUUUGAUAGUUGUUUCAUUAUAUACAUUUGAAAAAAAUUUACCAAAAACGUCAACGCUCAAAGAUAUUCGGCAAUGUGUUUUGUGAUAUUUUGUCUUUUAACAAUUUUUCAAAAAUAUUUAGAAUUAAUGUUUUUAUAAUAAGUAUAGUCCCUAUAUCUCAUUUUCUAUUUAUAUAUAUAUAUCAUGUACAGCACAAUUAUUUAGUUAUUUAAGUUAUAUUAAUACAUGUCUAAGUGAUGUGCGUAUUAUUUCCAUUUUUUCCAGUGGUCGUGAAUAAAAUAACGCAAAUGACAUUGGAUUAUGGGCCAAAACCAUUUAGAUUUUGGAUGGGUUCGCAUCUUUUUAUGGUCAUUACCCAACCGGAGGAUUUGCAAGUAUGAACUUUUCUACCAGGAUUUUCUAUUCAAAAACUCCUCCAAUAGUGUUACACAACCAAUAUUUUUACCUAUCAUACAUGGAGCACCGUCUGUGCAUACACUUUCAAGUUUUGACCAGAUUAAAUCGUCACUUUUUAACAACAAAGUUUCAACACAACAUUUUAGUUUAUUAAAUAUAUUUGUACCUUUUGUCGAUGUUUCGAGUACUUCAAGUCCUAAAAGUUCUUCCGUCACUUCAAACUUAGAAUUCACACUUCGAAUAAAUAUACUUAAUUGCGGAUUGUCCGUAAUAUCACAGCUUUCAUCAAGCGUAAGAGAAAAAUAUGUAGAACUAGUGGUACUACACGAAAUUUGUUUUGAAAUAUUUGAGGAAAUUUCGUCAAUUCUUCUCAUAAUUGUAUUACGUGAUAAAGAAAUNUCAUUUACGUACGUAGAAAUUUUUGAAUCAUUUGCAUUUUUUGCAAAAAUAUCGAAACUUUUUUUAAUGAUUUCGCCAUCAGAAUAAGGUUUUCCACACUUGGCUAGCAAAAAUGCGAUUUCAUAAGACGUAAACACCAUGUCUUUUUUUUCAUUUGAUUAUUUAGUAAAAAUUGAUUGCUGAGUUAACAAUGAAUUAGUCUUCUUUUUAAUAUAUUCUGUCCUUUUUACAGAACCCUCGGGGUAUUUUUCAAUAAUAUCAUUGUGAUUAUUAUAGUGCCGUUGAACCUUGAAUUUUUUUGGAACUGCAAUUACAGAGUUACNGCACCGUCUGUGCAUACACUUUCAAGUUUUGACCACAUUAAAUCGCCAAUUUUUAACAACAAAGUUUCAACACAACAUUUUAGUUUAUUAAAUAUAUCUGUACCUUUACUCUCGGGGUAUUUUUCAAUAAUAUCAUUGUGAUUAUUAUAGUGCCGUUGAACAUUGAAUUUUUUUGGAACUGCAAUUACAGAGAUACAUACUAAACAUGUCGGUCUAGAUUUUUUCCCUUAUAUACAUAAAAAUUUCUCUAUCCGUUCUGUAUUAAAAAUUCGCGAAGAAAUAUCAUCUUUAUAACUUCGUUAUACGCCUAAACCUGAAGUUCCUGGUUUAUUAGAUGCCAUUUCACGAUCACACACACACAACGGCACAAACUACUCGUUAACGCACGGACACGGCGAUUCUAAUACGACUAACUUUAUUGUAGUAAUCNACAUGUCGGUCUAGAUUUUUUCCCUUCUAAACAUACAAAUUUUUCUAUCCAUUCUGUAUUAAAAAUUCGCGAAGAAAUAUCAUCUUUAUAACUUCGUUUUACGCCUAAACCUGAAGUUCCUGGUUUAUUAGAUGCCAUUUCACUAUCACACACACACAACGGCACAAACUACUGCGUUAACGCACGGACACGGCGAUUCUAAUACGACUAACUUUAUUGUAGUAAUCUAGUACACACGUACCGUAACAAUUCUCGUAUCGGAAUAAUAAUCGGAAAAUUCCACUGCGAUAAUAUAAUCUAAUUUAAUAAUACUUAUUUUCAAAAAUUAUAUAUUAUUUUAUCUGACACUAGUGUGCCAUUCCAUAACAACAAAUGUGCCACAAAUGACACGCGUGCCGCAAUUUGGUCUACCAUGAUCUACAUCCAUAUAUGAUAUUAAUAUACCUAAUAAUAAUAUAUUGAUUAAUGUACUGAUUUUCGAUCAGAGCAUUUUUUUUUUUUUUACCGAAAAUAUGGGAUGGGUUCGCAUCUUUUUAUGGUCAUUACCCAACCGGAGGAUUUGCAAUUAUGAACUUUUCUACCAGGAUUUACAAUGAUAGCACUUUUUAAAAAAGAAAAUCUGACUAGGAUGGUACAUUAGGAAAAUUUUUUUAUUUUCUUAGGAGUUUUCCUAAUAAAAAGGAAUGUUUAAAGAACGUGUAAUUAUUUUAUCACUAUAUGACAUAUAUAUUGUUAGCAAAUCACUUUCAACCAAUAUCAAACUCCACUCAGUGCAGUAUUUUCGGUGGCAAUAGUUAUUCGUUGCUUACAGUAAUACUUUAUAUCUCAUUUUUAACUAAACCAAAAAAAACAUAAAAAUAUAAUUAAAAUAUACAAUAGAUUCGUAAAUAAAUAAAUGAAAUAGAACACGUUUUAAAAAUAACUAAGAUAUGAGUAAAAUAUCUAUGUUAAGUUAAGUUUAAUCUAUUUAUUAAAAUAAAAAAAAUAUGUAUUCAAUCAAGUCUCUGUUGUAUCAUUCUUAAAGGUUUUUUAAUCUAUACUGUUAAACGUUUUACUAGCGUUACACGUCCAUGUUCUAAUGAAACUUUCAUUAUGGAAAAAAUUUAAGAGUUAUUAACUUUACGCCAGUAUAUACUGGUGAUGCAAAUAUGGUUUUAUGGCGCAAAUAACCACGCAUAUCUAAAUCCAUAUAUAAUAUAAAUAUACCUAAUAAUAAUGUAUUGAUUAAUGUACUGAUUUUCGAUUAGAGCAUUUUUUUUAUUUUACCGAAACUAGUAUAGUAAACCUAACAGAAUAUGCGAAAGUAAUUUUUUAAUAAAAUAAACUUCUGUAUUUGUUNUGCCACAAAUGGCACGCGUGCCGCAGUUUGGCCAUCCAUGAUCUACAUCCAUAUAUGAUAUUAAUGUACCUAAUAAUAAUAUAUUGAUUAAUGUACUGAUUUUCGAUCAGAGCAUUUUUUUUAUUUUACCGAAACAAGUAUAGUAAACAUAACAGCAUAUGCGAAAGUAAUUUUUUAAUAAAAGAAACUUCUGUAUUUGUUUCAGAUCGUGUUAAAUAGUUCCAAAGCCCUGGAUAAACCGUGGCUUUAUGACAUGAUUUUUGAUGUAAUGGCAGAAAGUACUUUCUUAGCUAAAGGUAUAUUUUAGGUUCAAUAAUAUACCUCUACAAUCUCAAUAAUAAUAUAUCAUUAAUUUAAUAAUAUCACUAGAAUAACUUAGUUAAUGAAUCAAAUCAUGUGUUGAAGCUACUGCAUUAAAAUUGUAACUUCAUCAACGUAUAUAAUAUAUAAAAUGCAUACUUAGUAUGUGAGAUAUAUUUUGNCCUCUACAAUCUCAAUAAUAAUAUAUCAUUAAUUUAAUAAUAUCACUAGAAUAACUUAGUUAAUGAAUCAAAUCAUGUGUUGAAGCUACUGCAUUAAAAUUGUAACUUCAUCAUCGUAUAUAAUAUAUAAAAUGUAUACUUAGUAUGUAAGAUAUAUCUUGUAAAACAUAUUUAUAAAAAUUUGAAAGUCAUUGAAAUGAUAGAACCCCUGGACAUUUAUAUAUAAAAAAAAAAAUUAUUUAGUGUGGAUUCUAAUGAAUCUCGGGAAUCUCAUAUUACGCCACCCCUAUCUAAUAUAUUUGUUAAUAGUAUCAAAAUUCCAAUUUAUAAGUGAUAUUUUUUUCCGAAAAAUUCAAAAUAUUUCGUGGUAUUGAAAAUUCUGAUGACACUUAAAAUUCUUCAAUACGAUUUAAACAUUUUCUGUAGUUGGCGUGACCUUAAUAAUUUAUGUCUAAAUAUCUUUUAAUGCAAAGAAGUUAUUUUCUCGAAAACCCGAUCCUCAUAUCUAAUUCGUGUCCACCAAUACAGGGAUUUUGGUUUUUUUUUUUUGAUACAUCUCUAUCAUUUAAUAGUCAAUGUGCACCCACGAAAAGCAAGACGUCAUCUAUGCUGAGUUUUAUGGAAAGACGAUAGAUUUAGAUUGUUUCUAAUAAACAAUAGGUUUUAAUAUACGACCGAUCCGUCCCGAUCAAUUUUGUUUCAAUAUCGCGAUUGUAUCCAUGUUUCUAAUAAGCGGCUUCUACUCUAGAUUCUUUUCGAUGUGACAUUGUACGCAAUCGUAUUCCUCUUACCAAACUAACUAACAUUUUUAACUCUUUUUUCUAGAUUUCUGCUGCGUUUUUACAUAACUCAAUGGAAAUAUUUAUUAGCUAUCAAAAAUUGUCAAAUUAAAUUUCUCAGUUUAUAGUCGAAGUACUAGACAGUCAAAAACAAUUUAUGUGUUAUUUCAGUUCAUAACAUAUAGUUUAAAUGCUCCUGUUGUUAGUUGAAUAAUCCUUGUAAAUAAGUUUAAUGAUGAUCUUCUUUUAUGUGCAAAUAUAAGUGUUAAUUGAGCAUAUCUAAAUGUUAUACUUUCUCUAACUAUUAAUAGCAUAACCGCAUUGUAUAAACUUAUGUAUAUCUUAUAUUAUCUUAUUGUAUGCUUAUAAAUUGCAUUUUCGUUGGGCUGCUUUUCGUCUAAAAUAAUAAAUAAAUUGUAUAUUGAUAGGUAAAAGAUGGCGAAAUAAUCGAAGCAUAUAUAAUGCUUUCUUCAACAUCAAAAUUCUACACAAAUAUUUCCCAAUUUUUCAAGAAAAUAAUCAAUUACUUAUCAAAGAUCUGAACAAGCAAGUAGGAAAAACGGAACUUUUCGAUCUUUGGGAGUACAUUGCCGUCACAAAUGUCAAUUCAAUAUGUCGUAAGAUAUAGUAGAUUAAGAUGUAAUUAAUAACGAAUUCCACCAGAUUAUAAUAUGAUGUCGAUUGUUGAGAUUAUUUUAUAAUAUACCAGCCUCUACGGAAAAUAACAAUAAGAGGUUAUUUAUUAAUUUUCCAAGUGGUUUUAAAAGUUAUUAGGAAAACCGAAAUCAAAAUUUUAGAAAAUCCAACAAGGUGUUAUAUAUUGUCAUUAGUUCAUGUUAAUUACAGAUCCUGAAUUGUAAUAUGGGUGCGUCAAUAGUUAAAAAAAAACGUGUUAUAUUUUUUGCCUAAUAAUAAAAACCUUAAUACAUAACUUAACCAAACUCAACUAAAAUACUUAACUUGUUUAAUUCAAUACUCCCUCACUGCAGUCAUACUAGUCUGGUGGAAAACUCUGUAGUUUUGUAAAAUGUUCGUUUAUUAUAAAACAUAGUUAUGAAUAAUCCAAUUUGAAUUAUUUUUUCAAUAGAUAUCGUAUUGGGAUAUGAUUUGAAAGAGCAACCAUAUGGGACAUCGAAUACAAUACACAUUGCUGUAGAACUGUAUGCACUCUAGAAUAAUAUCUUAGUACCCGUAUUAUUGUAAAUUGUGUUCAAUUUGAUCGUUUUCUUUUUUAGAGCUAUAAAGGCGGCAGGGAUGAGAGCUUACCAAAUUUGGUUGCAUCCAUAUUUCAUAUUCAAAUUAUACCAAAGAUUUACCGGAAUUUCUAAAAAAAUUAAUAGAGGAUAUUAUUUUUUAGAUCAGGUAGAUAAGGAUUUAAGGUAUACCACGUCAUUUAAUUUAUGUGUACUGCCCGAGUAUUUUAAAUAUUAGAUUGCGGAUAUAGACUAUCAGAUAUCAUGGCAAUAUUAAUUUAUAUUUAAAACAAGCCUUAGCACAUAGGAAACGAUCGUUGAUUUAGAUUCUGAGCAAAGAAUGCAUAAUUUUCACAAAAGAGUUUUUUUUUUCUAUGAACAAGUUUUCUAUCAGCAAUUUUGCUCCGAUUUACAAUAGUAGCACUUUUUUUGUAAGGGAAUCAGUUUGAGGAGGUAUUUUAAGAAGUUUAUUUUUUGAUUUUAUAUUUUUUUUUAUUGUCAUUUAAUAUAAAUACACAAACCAUACGAAUCAAACAAUAAAAUAUGAUCUUAUUGGUCUUUUGAAAUAUAAGUCGAAUGAAAACUUUGUCCAUGAACUAUGCGAAGUGUCCGUUUAUAUUAUUGACAAGACGAUUUCAAUGAAACUUAUAGUUAACUCUUUAAAACUUUUUUUUAAUAAUUGAUAAACUUAAAACUCAUUCGAUGAAAUAUCAUGAUAGAUUCAGAAAAGCAGAAUGAAAAAAAACUCAAUAAAAUUGAUUUAUGAGCAUUGAAAUCGAACUGCAUAACAUUAGCAUUAUAGACGCCAUAUUAAAAUGUAACCCUACCUAAUUUAUUCCUACAUAAGUAAACAUUUUUAUAUCUAGUAAAUUAGAUUUGAGUUUAAGGAUCGUUUCAAGUAGGGAGCGAUAAUACUCUAUCGGGGUUUAAAUAUUAAAUUAAUAAUUAUUAGAUUCUCACCAUUAAAAAAGAAGAACUCAAACGGGAGAAAUCAGUAAUCAAAAAAUACCCCUCGGAUUUUACCAAUGAAAACCAUAGUAAGUUUAGAACUAUAAGUAUACGAUUUUGUACGUGUUAUAUGUUUUUUUUUCUAUAACUUCUUCAGAAAGUUUUUUUGAAACGAUUUUGGAAUCAAGUGAGAAAAUCGAAAAUUUCUCCGAUAAAUAUAUCAGAGAAGAGAUCAUCUCCUUUUUUGCGGCUGUAAGUAUCGGACGUUUAAAAAUUGAGCACUGGGGUCAUGUCAUGUCAUGUUACCCAUUGAAUAUACACUCUUAUUUUAUAUUAAUAUUUUAUUAUUAUCGUUUCAGGGCAGUGAAACUAUGACUGCUACAACCUGUUUUUGUCUUUUAAUGUUGGCCAUCCAUCAAGAUAUUCAAGUAGGUAUACCUAUUGGUGGUGCCAUGAUAUAUUUUUUUUUUUUAUAAAGCGGUUUCAAUAAAAUAUCUUCGGAAAAAGAACCUUCACAAACCAAGGGAAAAAUUAAUAAAGAAAUUCAAAUAAAGCUGUACUAGACAUUCCUGUACGUCACAUUUUUCCUAAUCAUAUGCAGUGAUAAUAUUAAUGAAGCUGAAGUUAUUUAAUUUAUACCUGUCACUAACAAUAAAUCAUAGUUAGUCCAUAGAGUAGUUGCCAACCGAAUAAAAAUUAUAUGCACAACUCACAAAUUAAAAAAAAUAUAAGUGGCUUAAAAAUACCUCAAAUGUUUUGAAAAUUAUAAAAAUUAAUUAUAUAAUCAUUGUAAUCUUAACGUUCGGUAACCAAAACCUAUUAAAGUUAUGAUAUGAAACAAAGUCACACGAUGUCUUGUGCAAAUGCUAAAAUAAGAAUUUUUAAAUUUUGUAAUUUAUUUCUACGUAAAUUUUUUCCAAAUGCCAGAAUAAAGUGUACGACGAAAUAUACAAUGUUUUCGGUGACGGUGAUGAGAUAAUUAUCAUGGAAGACACUGCCCAGCUAGUGUAUUUGGAACAAGUGUUAAAGGAAACAAUUCGAAUGUACCCACCAAUACCGAUAAUUAUCAGAGAAAUUCAGGAAGAUAUUCAAAUUUGUGAGUACUUAUGUAACAUUUUGUUUACGUCGUAUCGCAAAUUUAUUUAUUUAACAUUUAAAUAAAGAAAUGUAUAUAAUAUGUAAUAUACAGGUUAAGCAGGCCAGCGUAAGAUACUCAUUAACUCGAAAAAUAUAGACUUACUAUCGGAAAUGAUUUCAUAGAAAAUUUAGUUUUUUAACAUACUGUAUAUUUGUGUUUUUUGUACUCAGCUCAACACCAAAUGUCCACACCUUUUUUGUAAAAUUAAUGAAUGUACCCGUUAUGGCGUAACAUUGUACAUAUUUGUCUUUUUGGCUUACGAAAAGAUAUUCUUAUUUCCGUUUGAACUAAAUAUAUAAUUGAAGACUUGUAGAUGAUAAAAUUGAUGAAAAAGUUGAAAAAAUCGUUUAUCAUAUUAUUUCUUGUGUACAGAAACAUUUAGUUAUAUUUUCCUAAUAAAAUCGUAACGUAGGAACAUGUGAUCGGGAAAAAUAUUUUAGAUAAUACUAAAAAAUACUAAUAUAGUGAUUAAUCAUUUAUACUUAUACUUUUAUUACUUAUAGGAUAUUUUUAUUAAAGAUAUUUUUAUAGGAGAUGUUUUGUAUGACAGAAUAUUUUUUCUAGAGAUAUUCUUAACUAGAAAUAUUUUGGCUUGAGAUAUUUUUUUGCAGACAUUUUGACCGAUCAACGGAGAGUAGUGGUGCAUUAUUAAAAAACGCCGUAUACAGUGUCACCACACAAAUAAUGCCUCACUAAUAUUCCCUGACCCAAAUUUAAAAAUGUAAAACCUUUGUAACAGAUAAUCGAAAUCAAAACUUUGAACCCCACAAUUUUAUAAACUAGUACUCCAUAAAUAUAUGUAUUUUUUUUUAUAUAGGUACCAUUUUAAAAUCAAGAGUUUAACCCUACCCUAAACCUACCCGAAACAACAGUGAAAUAAUAGGUAAAAUUGUAGAGUUGCUCGUUUUUUAAAUAUUUUGUAAAACAAAUUUCGAAAAUAGUUCAUACUCUCCGAGAAAAGGAGUGCCAUACUUUAGAUAGAUCAAUUUCAAAUUCAAAAACAAUAUUAACAUUUUCACAAUUCAAUUAAGAAAUGUAUAAAAUAUAUGAUAUCCAUACAAAUUAUUAUCAUUCAUACAGCUUCUGGUAAUCAUGUAAUACCCAAAGGAACGGCGUGUGUUAUAAACCUGCUGGGCACGCAUUAUAUUCCUACAUUAUACCCGAAUCCGCGAGUUUUUAAUCCGGAGAACUUCAACAAGGAAAACAUCGCUACACGUCACAAAUACAGUUUUAUGGGUUUUAGUCGCGGUGCAAGAAAUUGUAUAGGUCAGUUUAUAAUAUUAUAUCCCAGUGCUUGAAUUAAGGGUGGAGAUGAUAUAGAGACCCAAAACAGAAUCAUGAUAAAUAAUACAUGAUCAUUAAUGCAUGUGUUUUUUGAUUUACUUCGAUUACAGGGAAUCAGUACGCUAUGCAGUACAUGAAAGUUCAGUUGUCCAUGAUAUUGCGAAAUUUCAGCGUACACACAAACAUAACGAUGGACGACAUCAAAGUGAAGUCGGAUAUAAUGUUGAGGAGCGUCAACGGUUUUCCCGUUACAAUUCGACCGAGAAAUACACCGUCUACGGUUAAAUAA